AGGUCUACGUGCGGAGCACGCAGAUGGCUAUAUAGCUAGCAACGCCCAAGCGGAUCUUAAGAGAGUUGCUCAGCUACGUAUUUGUAGCUGGCCGAAGGCCAGUAUAGUUUUAAUAGUCUUUUUAAAAAGGAGUAAUAUUCAAUAAAAAGUUUUACGAACAAAGAGUGAAAAUGGCGGUGUUAUGGAGCUGCAGUGCUCUGCUGCUGGUGUGCCUGUAUACGACUGGUGCCAACGCAGGUGUGAUUGUGGCCGAGCCGUCUGUGUUCGUCAACCAGUCCUCGGCUGUGCUCACCUGCAACUACACCGGCCCGGGCGCCAUCGAGGGGCACUUCUGGAGGAAGAACGGGAAGGACAUCGAGGCCUCCAAACAGGACUCCUCCGAACCCGUCAUCGAGUACAAGUUGAAUAAAAUUGACAGCCACUCGGGCGGUGUGUACUCCUGUGUCUAUACUGUGGACGGGGCUGAAGCUAAGGAGGAUAUCGAAGUAAGAACUGUCCCUCACGUGGGUGCCUACAAGCACUCUGAGCACGGGAACGAGGGCGACAAGGGCGUGCUGGUGUGCAUGAGCCACGGCUACCCCCUGCCCACCGACUGGGAGUGGCUCAAGCUGGGAGAGGACGGGGGAGAGCAGCCCAUCACGAACGGCACGGACCGGUACGAGAUCAUGACCACGCCGGAGAAGACCACGCUGUCCAUCGACAAGCUGGACAUGGACAAGGACGGGGGCGAGUACGUGUGCCGCGGGCGGAACGAGCUGGGCGUGGCCCAGGACACCAUCCGCCUGCGCGUCAGGAGCCGCUACGCCGCGCUCUGGCCCUUCCUCGGCAUCGUGGUGGAGGUGGUCAUCCUCAUCGCCAUCAUCUUCAUCUACGAGAAGAGGAGAAAGCCGGGCGAGAUCACCGACGACGAUGAUUCGGGAGCAGCUCCUCUGAAAAACGACUCCGCCUCCAACCACAAAGACAAGAACGUGCGGCAGAGAAACUCCAACUGAGAGGAGGAAGGUAACCAGAUGACUGCUGCUGAAGAUCUCUCAGUGGCGCCCCCUGCUGCCCCAUCCUCCUCCAUUUGAGAAUUUUAGUGUGUGUUAGUUUGAGUGUGAGUUUUAGUUUUAGUUUCAUAUUUUGUUUGAGUUUUGCUUGUGUGUGGCUCUCCCAGGGGGGCGUUAGAAAGGCUGUUUCUAACGCUGCCCUCGUGCUGCUGGUCUGGGCCAAACGGCCAAUCACAGAGGAGCGACUGUGUGGCCAAGACGCACGAUUCUGCAGCUUUUUAUUGUGUUUUUUAUUUUUUAUUUUUUAUUUUUUAUUUUUUGUCUUGCAAUUUUUAAAAAAAUUUUAUUUUAUUUUUGUGUAAUAUUUCUCUCGUGCCUUGUGAGUAGGAUUGACAAGUUGCAUUUGAUAUCUUGCGCUUUCUCUCUCUCUCUCUCUCUCACUCUCUACAUUUUUCGGAAACCUGUGACAGAAUGUGAUUUCUGCCCUAGCUGCCUCCUGUCAUUCACCUUUCCGCUGUUCCAGCCAGCCUCUGCUCUUAAUCACCGUGAAGGUGCGAUACGGGAGUAUCCACAAGCCCUCCUUCUGACCAAUCACACCCAGGGUUGGGGGAAAGAGAACCAGGGUUCAGACUGCGGGGUCCCCCAGGGCUGGAGUAGUGCGCCCUGCUAUUCCCAGAAUUGGGAACGUCUGGGAAUGCUGUACGCCCCUCUAAGGUUGGGGGGGCCACAGACCCUGGGUUUUCCUUUCAGUUGGCAGCCAUUUUAGGUGUGCAGACUCUUCAGCCAAUCGGGAACUUCGACACUUAAGCACAGUAAACGCAUCAACACCAGUCUGGUGUAAAAUGAGAAAAUGCUCACUAAGAUAUCUCAGGUUUUACAGUCCUAAUCUAACACUGCUUUAUCUAGCACUACCCUUUAGUAAGAAUUGAGCCCCAAACUAGGCUAGGCUGGGGUUUAAAUGUCCCAACGGGUUCAUUGAUGACAUAAGUGAUCGUAAUGGAGCGUCUGGAACAGGAAGCGUUGGUCUGGAACGCAGAACGUGAUUGGCCGGUCCGUGAAUGACAGCGUCCUCCUCUUCCUGUGCUCGCUGAGGGAGACCCCCCAUCCCCUGCUCAGAGUGGUGUUACGUUUGCCUUUCCUUUCUCUGAAAUGUAUCCCUUGUUUUUAAUAUGUUUUAAGGGCUAUCUCUUGCAUUUUGUGACCUUUCCACAAGCCUUUUCUAGUUCUAUACUAAUUCACAAACUCUUAUCGUUUUUUUACGCCUCCAUCUGGUGCCAUAGUUAAACAUAUCUCGUGUUCUCCGUAAGGACCAAGUGCAUAUCAUAUUUGGCCUCUUUAAUUCACUAUUUUUUUAUUUCCGACGGUGGCAAAGGGGUAAAAUUAAAUUAAAUGUCUGUGCCAGAAAAGCCAAAAACCAGCUUCAGAGCAGAAACUGUGGGGAGAUGUUGAGGUUAAAAGAGUUUAAUUUGCCUGAAUAAUGGCCAUUGAACUUUCAUAAACCAGGCCUUUUCUUCCUUUUUAAAAAAAAAAAUACCAGGUUAUAUGUUUGUCGAUGUGAAGUUUUUCAAUAUUUCAUCAAGCACCUGCUAAAUGUUAACCUGUGAACACGCGUGUAUUGAUGCAAACACACUUCACUUUUAAAAGAGUAAUGUCUCUUUCGCCUCAACACUCUCACACAGCAACAUCUGCUCCAACACUGCCCAGCGUAACCAUCUGCAGAACAUCAAUAAAGUUUUAUUCUGAUUGGGAAA